UUUGAGGGGAUUGCUAAAGCAGGAAACCCAACCCUUCUGAACCAGAUCUACACAGAGCUCUACAUCACAGAGGGAGGGACUGCAGAGGUCAAUGAUGAACAUGAGGUCAGACAGAUUGAAACAGCAUCCAGGAAACCAGCCAGACCAGAAACAACCAUCAGACAAGAAGACAUCUUUAAAGCCUCACCUGGAAGAGAUGAACCAAUCAGAACAGUGAUGACAAAGGGAGUGGCUGGCAUUGGGAAAACAGUCUUAACACAGAAGUUCACUCUGGACUGGGCUGAAGACAAAGCCAACCAGGACAUACAGUUCACAUUUCCAUUCACUUUCAGAGAGCUGAAUGUGCUGAAAGAGAAAAAGUACAGCUUGGUGGAACUUGUUCAUCACUUCUUUCCUGAAACCAAAGAAGCAGGAAUCUGCAGGUUUGAAGAGUUCCAGGUUGUGUUCAUCUUUGACGGUCUGGAUGAGUGUCGACUUCCUCUGGACAACAAUGAGGUCCUGACUGAUGUUACAGAGUCCACCUCAGUGGAUGUGCUGCUGACAAACCUCAUCAGGGGGAACCUGCUUCCCUCUGCUCGCCUCUGGAUAACCACACGACCUGCAGCAGCCAAUCAGAUCCCUCCUGGGUGUGUUGACAUGGUGACAGAGGUCAGAGGGUUCACUGACCUACAGAAGGAGGAGUACUUCAGGAAGAGGUUCAGAGAUGAGGAGCAGGCCAGCAGAAUCAUCUCCCACAUCAAGACAUCACGAAGCCUCCACAUCAUGUGCCACAUCCCAGUCUUCUGCUGGAUCACUGCUACAGUUCUGGAGGAGGUGUUGAAGACCACAGAGGGAGGACAGCUGCCCAAGACCCUGACUGAGAUGUACAUCCACUUCCUGGUGGUUCAGUCCAAAGUGAAGAACGUCAAGUAUGAUGGAGGAGCUGAGACAGAUCCACACUGGAGUCCAGAGACUAGGAAGAUGAUUGAGUCUCUGGGAAAACUGGCUUUUGAGCAGCUGCAGAAAGGCAACCUGAUCUUCUAUGAAUCCGACCUGACAGAGUGUGGCAUCGAUAUCAGAGCAGCCUCAGUGUACUCAGGAGUGUUCACACAGAUCUUUAAAGAGGAGAGAGGGCUGUACCAGGACAAGGUGUUCUGCUUCAUCCAUCUGAGCGUUCAGGAGUUUCUGGCUGCUCUUCAUGUCCAUCUGACCUUCAUCAACUCUGGUGUCAAUCUGCUGGCAGAAGAACAAUCAACCUCCCUGAAGUCUGAAACAAGAAAAGAUGAAUCUGCAGUGACACCGUUCUACCAGAGUGCUGUGGACAAGGCCUUACAAAGUCCAAAUGGAAACCUGGACUUGUUCCUCCGCUUCCUCCUGGGACUUUCACUGCAGACCAAUCAGACUCUCCUACGAGGCCUGCUGACACAGACAGGAAGUGACUCACAAACCAAUCACGUAACGGUUGAGUACAUCAAGAAGAAGAUUGAAGAGGCUCCCUCUCCAGAGAAAAGCAUCAAUCUGUUCCACUGUCUGAAUGAACUGAAGGAUCGUUCUCUAGUGGAUCAGAUCCAACAGUCCCUGAUUUCAGGAAGUCUCUCCACAGAUAAACUCUCUCCUGCUCAGUGGUCAGCUCUGGUCUUCAUCUUACUGUCAUCAGAAAAAGAUCUGGACGUGUUUGACCUGAAGAAAUACUCUGCUUCAGAGGAGGCUCUUCUGAGGCUGCUGCCAGUGGUCAAAGCCUCCAAGAAAGCUCUACUGAGUGGCUGUAACCUCUCAGAUCGAAGCUGUGAAGCUCUGUCCUCAGUUCUCAGCUCCCAGUCCUCUAGUCUGAGAGAGCUGGACCUGAGUAACAACAACCUGCAGGAUUCAGGAGCGGAGCUGCUGUCUGCUGGACUGGAGAGUCCACACUGUACAGUGGAAACCCUGAGGCUGUCAGGCUGUCUGAUCACAGAGGAAGGCUGUGCUUCUUUGGCCUCAGGUCUGACCUCCAACCCCUCCCAUCUGAGAGAGCUGGAUCUGAGCUACAAUCAUCUAGGAGAUGCAGGGGUGAAGCUGUUGUCUGCUGGACUGGAGGAUCCACACUGGAGACUGGACACUCUCAGGGUGGAGCCUGAUGGAGUCCGAUGGUUGAGACCAGGUCUGAGGAAGUAUUCCUGUGAACUCACAAUCGACACAAACACAGUAAACAGUGAGAUCAUACUGUCUGACAACAACAGGAAGGCAACGCGUGUGAAAGAGGAUCAGCCAUGUCCUGAUCAUCCAGACAGGUUUGACUGCUGUCAGCUGCUGUGUACAGAUGGUCUGACUGGUCGCUGUUACUGGGAGGUCGAGUGGAGAGGAUGGGUUAAUAUAUCAGUGAGUUACAGAGGAAUCAGAAGGAGAGGAGAGAGUGAAGACUGUUUGUUUGGAUGGAAUGAUCAGUCCUGGAGUCUGAGCUGCUCUGAUGGUGAUUACUCUGUCUGGCACAAUAAGAGAAGAACACCCAUCUCCUCCUCCUCCACCCCCCCCUAUGGUAGAGUAGCAGUGUAUGUGGACUGUCCUGCUGGCUCUCUGUCCUUCUACAGAGUCUCCUCUGACACACUGAUCCACCUCCACACCUUCAACACCACAUUCACUGAACCUCUUUAUCCUG